CAUCAUCGUCGUAGUCGCUUGGCUUAACUUUCAUUUGCUUUCUGAGCUUUUCGAGGCAUAACUUGUUUCUGAGCGUCCAUUUUAUUUCGAACUGUUGAGCCGAGCGCGUUUGAAGUUGCUACUGCGGCUGUGAAUCUGUUCAUUUACUGAAAUGAUCCUUUUGGGCAAAUCAAAAAUUAUUUGGAAAGUAGUAACUAAAUGAUCCCAAUUGUGUUGUGAGUGUUAUCAAAAGCAUUUCAUAAUAUGUGCAUGGGUUACUCGAGCAAACAUAGAUGUAUUUUUUGUUGAAAGUGUCACUCAAGUGGAUAUUCGCGCAGUUCAGUGCUUCAGCGUGAGUCGUAGGUGUGGAAUUUUGCCUUUAUGCACAGCGGUCCAGAACCAGUUUACCGCUGAACAUUUGUGCUGCGACAUUCCAACGAUUACGUUCGCUUAUUUGGCCAAACCUCUUUAUUUGAGGGAUGUGUUUGUUUGGAAGUGAAGUUUUAUGCACCAGACAGUACUGAGUUUGGAGCAUGUAGUUGAAGUGUAAUUAGAAAUCCCAUGUUCCAUAUCGCGAAAGUGUACGCGAAGGUAUUUUAUCGCUUAUUACCUUUUCGCACAGGUACAACAGGCAGCAUCGUUUCGCCUUAUAAGUGUAUAAGUGAAUGUAUAAUCACUUUUAUGUGUAGAAGAAAGAAGAGAGAGGAAUAAUGUUGCGCUAGAGAAUAAAUUACCAAUUCAAGGUUUUGGAAACGCUUUUGCCGUGGUCAUCGUUCUGUCGAAGAAAAGUAUGUUGGAAUUUAAAUCCGUCUCCGUAUAGUGCUAUAAGUGGUGCAUGUGUGAGAGAAAGAGCUGGUUUGGUUCACAAAUACAAGGGAAAUCCGACACCAGCAUAACAUCAGCAAUUUAUCGUGUGCCACAGUCCAUAUCAUUUCCUUGCAUCAGGCAACAGUUCGUGAAACCCGACCAGCAUUGAUCAGGAACGAGAAAAGUGCAUGUUUCAGCGUUGAGCCAGAGUCGGAAAUCAAAAAAUCAAGAUAACACAGCUGCUGUGGUUGUGCGGUGUUUCUCCAGUCCAGACUGGAAUCUCGUGAUUUCAACGCGCGUAUAAAUGUAGUGUUUCGAACCCCACCCUUGCGUACAUCAAAGGCACACACCUACUAGCCACUGAAUCUGCAAAAAUCCGUGCAUCGUUAAAUGGAUUUCCAAAGCAGACAACACAUGUAACACAAUUAAAAUGGAGCUUAUUGGAGCCACCAAUGUAACUCAGUUGCCAAAUAACCACUUUCACAACGACCCUCAGGGAGAGCGAACAUCAUGGGACUACAGUACAGUUUCGCUAUCGCGCGUACCCGGUUAUGGUUUUGGUAUAGCGGUGUCUGGUGGACGGGAUAAUCCACAUUUUGCCAAUGGCGAUCCAUCGAUAGCAGUAAGCGAUGUACUAAAACAUGGUCCAGCCGAGGGUCAGUUGCAGGUUAACGAUCGAAUCAUAUCUGUCAAUGGAAUUUCGCUGGAGAAUGUUGAGUACGCAACCGCAGUGCAGGUACUUCGGGACAGUGGUAAUACAGUUACGCUGGUAGUGAAGCGACGCGUUCCAAGCCACGGCCUGAUACAGUCCGCAGGGGGUGGUAGUGUUAUACCGAGUGGAGUAGGUGGUAGUGGGCAUCAACACCAGCAUCAACAUAGUCUAAGUUCGACCGGCCUCGGGUUGAGCAGUUUAGGAAAUAAUGGAUCUCAACAGCAAAUCAAAGUGAUCGUUACAAAAGCGAGUAAAAAAGAUGAUUUUGGCAUCGUUCUAGGAUGUAGAUUAUUUAUUAAGGAAAUUUCGUCUAAGACGAAAGACCAAUUAGCUGCCAAUGGUUACUCACUGCAGGAAGGGGACCUUGUAACAAGGAUACAUAACACUAAUUGUAAUGAUUCGAUGAGUUUGAAGGAAGCGAAAAAAAUCAUCGACGGAUGCAAAGAACGACUCACAUUGGCGGUGUUAAGAGAUACAACAAACACUACGUUGAAUUCCGGUUUAGGUGGUGGUACGAGCUCCGGAAUGCAAUCCCCUGUGUAUUCCCAUACGGCACAGGUGUCUAAUUGCAGUAAUAUGGAUGAAAAUUACCUUAAUGGAAAUGGCGGAGCAUACUCUGGGCAAAACCUUUAUGUUCAGCCUCCAACCCGUCCUUCAGCCAUGAGUACGUUAUUAGUAGAUGAUAAAAGCAACCUAACACCAAGGGGAAGAUCACGAGGUCCACUAACCGAUAUUUCUUUACAACAAUUAGACAGACCCAGUACACCACCGGGAGCGACCAGCAACCGAGGAAUGGACGGAGCACCGAACAGUAGUGGUCACGCAAGGUCCCGAAGUAUUAUCGAUGAACCUCCAAGACCGCCACCUCCCAGGGGAGAAGAUUUCUACAGCACUAGGCGUCCUUUAAACGAUGAAAAACCGUCAUCUGAACCAAGAUACAUUACAUUCCAAAAAGAAGGUUCUGUUGGCAUUCGACUAACCGGUGGUAACGAAGUGGGCAUUUUUGUUACUGCAGUGCAGCAAAAUAGUCCUGCUGCAGCUCAAGGGCUGGUUCCCGGCGAUAAAAUCCUUAAAGUAAACGAUAUGGAUAUGAAUGGAGUUACCAGAGAAGAAGCAGUUUUAUUUUUGCUCAGUUUACAAGAUCGUAUCGAUCUGAUCGUGCAAUACUGCAAAGAGGAGUACGACACGAUCACUGUGCAGCAGCGAGGAGAUUCAUUUCAUAUAAAAACUCAUUUUCAUUGCGAGAACCCAUCGAAAGGAGAACUAUCAUUCAAAGCAGGAGACGUGUUCCGAGUGAUAGAUACAUUGUACAAUGGAGUAGUUGGUGCGUGGCAGGUUCUGCGCAUUGGACAUGGCCAUCAGGAACUGCAACGCGGUGUCAUACCAAAUAAGGCACGAGCAGAAGAGCUGGCCACAGCACAAUUCAAUGCGACAAAAAAGGAAAUGAAUGCUUCCGAAUCGCGAGUUAGUUUCUUCAGACGGAGAAGAUCAACACAUCGGCGAUCAAAGUCGUUGUCGCGAGAAAACUGGGAUGACGUGGUUUUUUCGGAUUCCAUUUCAAAGUUUCCAGCGUAUGAAAGAGUAGUGCUGCGCCAUCCAGGCUUUGUUCGACCAGUUGUGCUAUUUGGACCGGUGUCCGACAUUGCGCGGGAAAGGCUUGUUAAAGACUUUUCUGAUAAAUAUACUGCCCCUCUACAGGACGACGACAAAGGAUCGUCCAAAUGUGGCGGUAUUGUGCGUCUUUCUAAUAUUCGAGAUAUCAUGGAUCGCGGAAAGCAUGCUCUCUUAGACAUCACACCAAACGCCGUAGAUCGGCUGAACUACGCUCAAUUUUAUCCAAUCGUUAUAUUCCUAAAAGCAGACACCAAGCAUAACAUAAAGCAGUUGCGUCAAGGUCUGCCAAAAUCUCAACACAAGAGCAGUAAAAAAUUGUUUGAACAGUGCCAAAAACUAGAACGUGUUUGGUCCCACGUGUUUAGUACAAUAAUUAAUCUGAACGAUCCUGAUACUUGGUAUCGGAAGCUACGGGAUUCGAUCGACCAACAGCAGAGUGGAGCAGUGUGGAUGUCUGAAACUAAGCCAGUAGAAUCCUUGUCCGAUGAUUUCCUUUUCCCAAUGACCACAUCCCGAUUGUCUUAUGCCUCAAGUCCGGAAUCGGACCUGGAACUGAGCCCCGGACCAUCGGCCUCAUUAUCAUUGGGCAACUUACCACAAUUGGUGAAGUCAAGCUCUGAUCCUUCGAUUGCAACUAAUCAGGAUAACUUGGAUAGGGCUAGAGAACUAGGUGACGGAUUGCCACCACCAUACACGAACCCGUAUGAGCACACAGCACAUCCACGGCGAAUGACCGUAGACAAUAAAUAUGGGUUCUCGUCAAAAGGAAAUAUGGGGGCCCCGCUACCCCCGGAGGAGGCCAUUUAUGGUUCAUCACGACCUCCGCCUCCAAUACAACUCAAUAGCCCCGGAUCCAACCACUUUGGUCCAGUUCCAGAAUUGCCACCAAGAAUUGAUCGUGCUUCUAAGCCACCAAAUACAACAACAUCUAGUACGCCUGGGUCAUCAUUGCCGUCUCGUAAUUCAAGCACUGGUGGCACUUUGGGUAGAUCAGCUCAAGAGCGACUUUUCGGCAACAAGACCUCUACUGAUAACCUGGACCAACCAGCUGAUGAUUACGCGAGUCGCAGCCAAAUGCUCGGAACAGCUUCCGAUAAGCGAAGUGCCGCUAACAGUAAUGGAGUGAAUUCUCUGGAUCGAGUUCAAAAUUCAUCUCUCGAUCGCACACGAUCCAACCAACCUCCCGCUGUGCCAAAUAAUUCCAACAAAGCAAACGGAUCAUACGACAGUGUUUCAAGUUAUGAUUCAUACAACACAUCUCAACUCGCGGCACAGAAUAUGAGGUUAGGACCCAAUGCGCCCGAUGAUCUUAAAUCGGUGCCGAAUGGUCGCACUGGCACAGGUCUAACACCAAAUCAGUCGAGUGCAUCGGAUUACAAUCGAAAUUCAGGCAAAAAUGAUAUAUUGCUGACUCCUCCUCGAGCUGGGCAUGUUCAUCCGGACCGAAAUAAUUUCAAUGGUACGCAUGACCCUCUCGCUUCUAGAAAUUCUGGCGAUCGUGCACCGGGUACGAACAUUCCACAACGCCCAUCAAAUCUAGCAUUAGACAGUCCAAGAAAGCAUAUCAUGGAAACGAAAACUGACUACGGAAAAUACAGUCGGAACAACUCGGCUUCACAGGCAGAUUAUUCCAAACCUAAUAAGAUGCCACCCCCGAUGCUGGGAACUCCUCCAUCAAAUGGAAACAAUGGAGCUCCAUUUAAACCAGUCCCUCCCCCAAAACCGAAAAAUUACAGGCCACCCAUAGGGGGAAGCAAUGGAGGAAAUGGAGGAGCCAUGAACUCGGGUCAAUGGGACAAUGGCGAAUCAAUAUCUCCGCGAUCACCAAACGGGUUUUAUUAUCCUCCAGUGUCAUCCCAUUAUCAUCAGGGUGUAGUGCAUAAUGCGCCAAAUUCACCCAACAAUAGUCUUAUGAACAGCGGCAGCAACCAUCCCUCACAGAUGCAUCCUUAUGGACAGUACGGCGGCAACCCAUACAAUGGUUAUAACGGCAAUAAUGGCAGCCAAACACAUUAUAUGGGUAAUUCUGGCCGAGAUUUGGGUAACGGUUAUAGUGGUAAUGCACAUCAUCCUUAUGGCAAUAACUACAUGCAUAGAGGUAGCGGGGGACAUAGCAUAGGUAACGUGACUGGAUUACAUCCAUCUGAGCGACACCCACUUGAUCUAGCUGGAAGUAGAGAACAAAGAGGAUCCGCUUUUGAAUUAUACCGAAAACCGCAAAUUGGAACCACGGGGCACCAUCACAAUCUACGCGAAAUGGAGCCAAUGAUGUCGAUACACGAGUUCAACCAGCAUCAGCAAAAUCUUAUGUACCAGGAACGAUUACGCCAACAGCAGCAGUUGCCGCUUCCACCUAUACCUGGUACCGCAGAGUACGAUCGUUAUAACAGUAGUAACAUACCGCAUCAUUCAGGUCUUCCUCCGGCACUUCCUGCUAAACCACCCAAAAAGAACAUACUCAGGUCUCCUUUGAAAGCUAUCAAAAAUGUUUUCAUCAAGUCAACCAGACCGCUUCGAAGGCAAGUUAGUUUAGCGGAAGCAGAUAAGAAACUGCGUCCGAUUUUAAAACGGCAGCAUUCCAUGUUAGAGCCCCGCUCCUCACGAAUGAUAGAUACUAGGUUCCAAGAUCCAGCGUAUGAAUCACGGCAAUACUAUCCCCAACAAUAUCAUUAUGACCCUCGGCAUCACAUGUCACCAUCAUUGCAGGGUUAUCAGCGACAUGAACCAUACUAUCCAAAAGAUCCUAAUAGUACAUACCAAAAUCUUGAGAGCGAGUCCAUUUACGGAAACUAUGGCGCAGGGGGGUAUUACGAUCAAACCCAAGAAAAUCUAUAUGCCAAUCGUGCUCUGAUUGAGUUGGAACGUUCACGAUUAGAACCGAUGCCAGGAGCAGGAGUAAACACAACAAGUCGGCGAAUAGUGCGUAGACAUAGUAUGGCUGAUCGAAGCGUUCCCUCUCCUAGUUUUAACAAUUUCAAUCGCCGACGAAUGGGAUCCGAUCGAUAUCAAAUGGACAUGAACACAUCCGUGAAUGAUGAAUCCAUAUAUCAAAGUCAAAGUGGUUCUUAUAUGUAUAACGAAAGUCGAGAUCCGCACCGUAGAAUACUCGAUGAACCAGUGUAUCAAAGUAGAAAAGAUAUGCACCGAGACCAUCUUUACCAAAGCAAAAAACAGAUGCAAGAUCGCAUACAGCAAAGUCGAAUGGAAAUACUUCAAACGCGGCAGCAACGAGACCGUUGUGAUUCUCCAAGUAACUCUAGUCGUAAUAGAGAUAUAACCGAAUCUAGCUCAAGCUCCGCUAAUUCCCCAUCAAGUUCAACGUACUCAACGCGUAAGGAACUUAAAGAGAAGGGUAUCAAGCCGCGGACACAAUUGAGAGAUCAAAUAUAUCAAUCAAGGCGUGAAGCAAUGGAAUCGAUGGCCGAGCCCGACUAUGUUACUCGAAGAGAACUAAAGCAUGAACCAAUCUAUGAAGUUAGAAAUGAAGUGGAUGCAGCAUCAUCAGUAGAUAUAAGCAAACUUCAAAUCAGCGACAAUACGCUGGAACUGAACAUCCAAGAAGAUGAUCCAAUCAACAAAAAUGAUCUAGCUGAGGCUGACUCAACAGAAAAUUUAGACCCUAUUGAUGAUGAAAAAACACAAAUAGAUGAAACCUGUAAGGCUCCUUUGGCCUUAUCAGAAGAUGACGAUGACGACGAUACGCUAACUAAAUCUAACGUAUCUGAUUUACAAAAGGCAGCUGCCGUUACUAAUCAGAUCAAAGCGACUACUCCUCUGAGUUCGCGUUCAACGCAUAUUUCGAAUUUUCUAAAACGAACAGCACCUCCUACGGCACCUCCAGCUUUCCAACCACCACCACCACCGUUAGGCAAUCCAUCGACAACAGGUUCCCCUCCUGCAAUCGUAAGUCCUGGCUGCGCAUCGAACGUGCAUGAAAGCCGCACAUCAAUUGAAACGCAAUAUACAUCCCAAAUGAGUCUCCCAAUAGGACCGCCGAAUGCGCACAGCACUCCUUUCGCCAGUGAAAUGUCACUUGGGCUACCACCUCCACGACAACCCAUUACUCGACGUGGAGUGUUUGAUAGUAAUGGUGGUACCCUAGCAGAUCCCAUCUGGAACGUAUCGUUGCAGAUACCUCCGGGUGCUAUUCCACCUGGCAAAAAACAGGAAAUUUACUUCACCGUUACAGAUCCACGGCUGAGCGAGAGCGUCGGUGGCCCUCCGCUGGAUAUGGAAAAUGGUGAAACAAUGCUUUCACCUUUAGUAAUGUGCGGUCCCCAAGGAACAGAAUUUCUACAGCCGGUGACUCUAAACAUUCCACAUUGUGCCGGUCGUACAGCAUCACUGGGACUCUCCUUGAAGGCAACCGACAGCGAGAAGAACCUAAAAACGGAUUGGGACAACAUUGAACUACCGAGCAAUGCGGCUGCCCACACCGUUUCCGUUAAGGUUGACCAUUUCUAACAAUCCGAAUUAGUUUCUCGGUACUAGGGUGUGCAGUUAUCUUACUAUCUAUACGUUUACAAUUGUAAAGUUGAGCAAGUCUUUAUAUGUGCCUUCAUUUUACUCAGUUUUAUGCAACCAGAAGUCAGAAAAAAAUAUUGUUUCAACGUGUUGCAUGAAUUGUACCAUUUGCCAUCAAAUCAGUAUAAAACUGCGUUUGGAUAAAUUGACGUAAACCAGUUUAUAAUAGACGUAAGCACAAUUGCCAUUAUCAAUAUAAUUUGUAUAUAUUUUUAAUGCCUAGCUUGUUUAGCAAGCAUUUCGAUGAUAUUUAUGCGAUGCAAUUAUUUGAACAUACUCUGAAGUACUACAACUAAAUUCAAUUCAUCAUCGUUAGUAGAAUAACGAUAAACUUAAAAAACAGAGGUCCUAUGGAAUUACGCGGUUUUAUUUGUGCUGAAAUAUAUCCGGUGUAGGAGGACGCUUAUAUAUACUACAAUCAUAUAACUUUGUACAUUUAUUGUCGGAAGCAUAAAAAAGGUGUUAAAUAAGAUAUAUUUCAUACAAAA